AUGGAAACAGCAUACCUUUUUCCUACAUAUCUUUCUCUCCUAACACUUUGUCUGUGUCCUUCAAGAGCAGCCACAAGUGAAGCAGAGGCUUUGAUGAGAUGGAAAUCCAGCCUAUCAUCUUCUGCUUCUCUCAAGUCUUGGUCCGUCAACAACAUCAGCAACCACUGCAGAUGGAUUGGCAUUCACUGCAACGACGAGGGAUCCAUAUCUGGGGUUGAUCUCCCAUUUGCAGACCUUGCAGGGACAUUGGACCUGUUCCAUUUCACUGCAUUGCUGAAUCUCACCACUUUCAACCUCAUUGGGAAUUAUCUCAACGGCUCCGUACCGGCUGCUAUUGGAAACCUCACAAGCCUCAUUCACUUGGACCUCUCCAACAAUCAGUUUUCCUGCGCCAUUCCACCAGAGAUCGUCCGCUUGAUAAAGCUUCGAUUCCUGAGCAGCUUCUCCGACAAUGAAUCCAGUGGGGAACUUCCAUCAGAAAUAGGCUUGCUCACUGGUCUCAAGUAUCUAUAUCUCUCUAAUAACUCGUUUUCAGGCAGCAUCCCGCCAGAGAUAGGAAACCUACAAAAUUUGAUGGGGCUGGACCUUUCAACCAAUAACUUUUCAGGUCCAAUACCAUCCACCAUCGGAAAUCUUACAAAUAUGUGGUCCUUAGAUAUCUCUUCCAACAAACAAAAUGGUCCAAUACAUCCACCAUUGGGAAUCUUACAAAUCUGGAGUACUUAUAUCUCUCUUCCAACAAAUUAAAUGGUCCAAUAGCAUCCACCGUUGGAGUCUUACAAAUUUGGG